GGAUGGAUUCGAUGACGUCACGCUUCCAACAGUUUCUAUAGGAUAGCAGCGCUUCUACAUCCAGUUGGAACUUAGAAUUGGUCAAGAAAACACGGAAUUGAUGCCUAUCUGAUUCAAGCUAUCCUACGAUGUUAAAAUUUUGUUAUUUAUUUGCUUUAUAUUGAGUAAAGAAGCUCGAAUAUAACUAAAAUGGAUCCAUCCACGUGUACUGGAGUUAUCUGCGAAGAGCCAACUCAGAUCUAUUUAGAUCAUCCAACUGAUAUGUUAGAUCCCUCGACGCUCAAUCCCAGUUUUGUUUCCAUUAUUCUUGUACACUCCGUCACAUUUGUGGUUGGCGUAAUUGGAAACAGCGUAGUUGUGGUCACUUGGACGGGUCUUCGUCCGUCCAGAAUUCCAACCUGUAUUUUUUUGGUCAGCCUUGCGGUUGCAGACUUGGUCCAGCUACUAGUAUGCGUUCCCUUGGAAACUCUGGAGUAUUUUCUCAUUAUCUGGGAUGCCAGAGGUGCUACCUGCAAGAUUCGAUCUUACAUCGAAAUGCUAUCCGGAAUGGCAUCUAUUCUUAAUUUAACAGCCGUCAGCUGCGAGAGAUUUUUAGUCAUCGUUUUUCCUAUACAAGCUAGAAGAUUUUGCACUUUGAGUAAUUGUCGAAAGGGUUUGGUAGCAGUAUGGACAGUUGCCACUUUUCUAGCAUGUCCCGUUCUUGCAACUAAAAGAAUUUAUCCAAUAACAUACUACAAUAACAACACUAAUUUAACAUUAUAUUAUUGUUGGGAUAACAAUCAUUUCUUAGCUUUCUAUGUGGCUGUGUAUCAAUUGGUGACAAUGUUUGUAUUGCCAGCACUUUUCAUGUCCGUUUGUUAUUUUUGGGUGAUAAGAGAAUUAUGGAGUAGCACCAGAAACGUCGCCGUCAUGACUCAAGUAUCCAGCAAGGCACAAGUUGUGGCAAAUUACAGUAGGCAUUCCAAUGACGUUCGAUUCUCAUCAUCUGUUCAGAGAAAGCCUCAUUGUCACCAUCAUUAUGGUAAAGAAGUGAGUAAAGGAAGGAAACAAAUUAUCAAAAUGCUUCUGAUUGUCGUUAUCUUGUUUCUGGUGUGUUGGGGUCCUCGUCUAGUGAUGAAUGUUGCCAUCAAACAGGGACUCGAUAACUUUACUCAUUCGGCUUAUGCUGCUCGUAUUGUCUUUUAUCUUCUACCUUUUAUCCAAUCAUCGCUCAAUCCUUUCGUUUAUGGAUUUAUGUCGUCGAAUUUUAGGCAUUUAAUGCUUCAUUCGUGCUUUGCCAAAUUUGUCCAGCUGAUAUGUAGGAAGGAAAAGAGCAGAAUUCCUUCUAAACGUAAGAUUUACAGGUUUAAUAAUCGAGCCAACAGCGAACACUCUUGUAAAAUUACUUCUGUGGAUUUGGAUGCCAAGUCUAGUUACAAAUAAAUCUAUAAUAUUAUAUUAAAUAUAAAU